AUGGAAUCACUUGCAGUGAGCCACCUCAUGGAGCGUGUCUCGCCGGAGAUGCUGUUGGAGCUGAAAGAAGCUAGCCGCUGUCGAGGUAUGAGGCAGUGGCUGACACACGAUGUGAUCGCAAAAGAGAUGUUUAACAGGGGGUGGUCUUCAGGGACAGGAGGAUUUGCAGCGUGGUCCAUCGAAUCGAGCAACGACGCAGAAAACAUUCUGGUGGCAAAGUUCAUUGAGCGCCUCAAGAAGGAUUGGGACAGAUUGCCCUCGGGAAUGAAGAAACCAUGGCUAUUUAAAGAUGCGCUUCAGGUCCACGCAAGUUGCGGAGGCUUCAUUGCAAUCAUGGCUGCUCUUGAGAAGAGUGUCCCGAAAGGUGACUUCGACGCGGCUUCAGCUACGUUGAGUGACCAGUUCAACUCGGGGUACCUCGAUCCUGACAUCACGGCAUUCCUGGAAGUUUCUACGCCGCCAAUCAAAUUGUCGGACGUCAACUUUGUAAGGAACAUUGUGGCCAGCGUGGAGCAGCGCAAGCAAGCCGACAUGCACGAGAAGGAACGGGAAUUGCAAGAGAAAGUGACUGCGGCCACUGUGGAGCAGCUUCGACACAAGUUCAAUCAAGACAUCGAGACUUUGAAGUCCAGGGUUCAAGGGCGCGAAGAAGUCGCGAUGGAAGCUGCAAAAGAUGCGCGGUACUUGUCCCAAAGGAAAGGGCAGCAGCACACCAAAGCGUUCAUGGAGAAGAACUGCAAGCUGGUGUUCGUUGGGGACGGCAAGAACGCAUUCCCCGAGAUUGCGAAGUUCUUGGCAGCCUGGGGUCACAUGCAGCUGCCAAUCUCACAGCAGCAAACAGCAAACACAGCUUUGCUGAAACACCGCACCAGAUUGCAGCAUUUCUUGCUCGAGUCGAAGUUGGAUCCGACCAAUGAGAUCACAUUGAUCUUCGACAAGUCUGGUUUGCAGUCCGAUGGGCCUGGGGCUAAUAGCAAGGACAAGAGAAAGGCGACUCAUCCAUGCCACCUUGUCACUGCAGAUUGCCACCCGUCCAACAGCUGGAUGAGCAGCGCAGUGCCGGAGGCAGGAACCAUUGGCCCUUGCCCAUUGAUCCGCUGCAGCGACAUGCUGUGCUACGAUCCUGACUGCCGGCCAGGUCCAGCUGCUCGCAUUGAGCAGAAAGGUGUCCCGGCUCAUUCGCAAAUUCUGCAGAGCUAUUUGCGCGGGAUUGAGUUUGGCGAGAAGGAUGUUGUUGUGUGGGUGGAUGUCCUGGCCAACAGGUAUUGCGAGUUCGGCCGAGCAGUUCUCAAGCGCUUGUUGGAUGGCAAUUCUGGUCGGCCACGGGUUAUCUACUUCGGGUGCCUGCGGGACGAACAAGCGGAUGUCCAGAAUGCGCUGGAGGAAAUGGUGUACACCCAUUGGGACCAAUCGGACUCUGCACCACCUAGGUCUCGUCCAGUGGAGCAGGCUGCAGACCCCGAGCUCGUGCUCUUGAGCUGGUCCAGUGGGCAACCUUGCUUUCCAGAAGCAAUCCUCACGAAGUACGCGGAGGGCACGAAGGGUCACAAAGACAUCCACGCGAUGAACCAAGAACUGAUUGCUCUCUUCCCCAAUGCGAGGGUUCAGGGUGCUCCUACUCCUCGAACAGGCGGCAGAGCGCGGGCAACCGGCAGGCCUGACUACAGCAUUGAUGGUGGUCUGAAGCCAGUGGAUCACACACGAACUUUGCACAAGACCAUGACACCGAAGAAUUCCUUUACUGUGGAGAGGAAGCUGUACGUCGCUGGUGUGAAAGGCAAACCUAGUCUUGUGCUUGAUGUUCACUACGGGCUUUGGAUUGGAAACGAGUCAGAGGAGGAGGUCACGUUUGCCGCCGGUGAGAUUGCCGGAUUCAACCUGGGGAGUUUCGAAGAGAAAGUGGUUGCAGGCUUGGGAGAAAGGGAACUUUCAGGGCUGCCAUUUCGUUUUGUGAACGAUCUGUCGCUUGUCUCUCACGACAAGAAGAUCAUGCCACUGGCCGACUACAUGCACCAGAUCUGCACUGUUCACGGCGUAGCGGACUUUGAGUUGGCCUGUCAUGACGUUGUCCAGAAACAAUAUCCGCCAGAGAGUGAUGGAGCUGAGCCGGUUCCGGUGCCAUACAGGUACACGUUGUCUCCAGCCAGAAACGGGAAGUGCCAAGUGUACAAGCCAAGUGCGGUGACCGGAGAUGCAGUGAGGCUUUGA